GCUUUAGCACUUUCCAACACUGAUAAGUACAAUCGCAAGCAAAACAAUUUGCGCUGCAAGUUUAUUUAUAAAUAAACUCGAAAAUAUUGUUUAAAAAAACCAAAAAGUGCCUUGAUUAAGAUAUAAAAUUAAAACAAACAUAAAAAAAUACAAAAAUUAUUCAAAAGAUUACGUUAUCUUGACACAUUUUUGAAACCACAUAGAAACAAAACUCAACCAUCCCACCCUCUGUGGAUACGUCACUCGUCAGAUACAGUAAACAUGAAAACCCCCGUUUCCGCUGCCGCCGCCUUGGCCAACUCGAAUAAUUCUGGCAGUUCAGCAGCAGCUUCCGUGCAGAUCGUACCUAAAACCGAACCAAUCGGAGACGAAGGUUCCUCCAUGUCGCUUGACUUUCAAACUCCUGGUCUCACCUCCACCCCGAAUCCCAACAAACGUCCUGGCUUCCUGGACCUCAACAGCAAGGGUGCCAAGCACAAGAGGAUUAUUACGCCACUUGUGAUCAACUCACCGGAUCUUCAGGCCAAGACCUUGAACACACCCGACUUGGAGAAGAUUCUGCUAUCAAACAAUCUCCUCCAGACUCCCCAACCCGGCAAGGUGCUGCCCACCAAAGUGGGACCCGUCACAUCCGAGCAAGAGGCCUUCGGGAAAGGAUUCGAGGAAGCCCUACAAAACCUGCACACCAACUCUCAGGCAUUUUCUGCAGGGAACACAGCUGCUGCAGCCAACCCAGCCGCCACCACGAUGACGGCCGUUAACAAUGGUAUCAGCGGCGGUAGCUUUACAUACGCGAAUAUGCCCGAGGGCUUUCCAGUCAUCAAGGACGAACCUCAGAACCCAGCUGGCUCGCCCACCGUCAGCCCCAUCGACAUGGAGACGCAGGAGAAGAUUAAACUGGAACGCAAACGGCAGCGCAACCGUGUGGCUGCCUCCAAGUGCCGCAAGCGUAAGCUGGAGCGCAUUUCCAAGCUAGAGGAUCGCGUCAAAGUGCUCAAGGGCGAGAACGUGGAUCUGGGUAGCAUUGUAAAGAGCCUCAAGGAUCAUGUGGCACAACUGAAGCAGCAGGUGAUGGAUCACAUUGCAGCCGGUUGCACUGUGCCCACGCAUCAGAAGGCAGCCUUGCUUUCGGACAAAUAGCAUUUGGAAAUUGCCGAGGAGCCGUUGACGUUGCCACUAGGAGAGGAUGACGAUGAUGAGGCGACCCUAGUAGAACAGCAGGAUAAUGACGCUACCGAAUUGGGUGUGCCUCUCGAACUACUCUUGAGUGCUACGACAAGCGCCUUGGAGCUAGAAACCUCGGCUUCGAACGACAUCUCCCUGAACGGCAGUGACCUUUUGGAAGAGGAAAGCGAAAACGACCGGCCACUGGUGCUCUUCGUGCUCUCAGAUGAUGGAACCUAAUAGUUAAGGAUGUGCCUUUCUCAUAAAACUCUACGCUUGGCAUCUGGCAACGGCCUUUGAUUUGCUGCAAUAUCUGAAAUGCUUCUUAAGUGUUUUGUUUAAAUAGUUUUUAGUCGUAAUUGUAAAUUAAUCAAGUAUUAUCGGUGUUGAAAGUAGCAUGUUUUUUAAAAAUAUACGUCUUUGUAUAUAUAUUUUAA